AUGCCUCUUCCUUUGAAGAAACGCUUCAGGGAAGUAGACACCAACACCCGGCCUUGGGAGAUAUGCAACAACUGUCAUGCCGUUCCAAGCGCAAAUGUAACGCUUAAACAGUGUAGCAGAUGCUACAACAGCGUAUCGUACCCAUUUUUCACUGUAGCAAGAAGUGCCAAAAAGAGCAUUGGACAGUUCAUCGUAAGGACUGCGAACGGUUUUGUCAACCCGAGUCCUCGCUCUGGAUUCAUGGGGACCCAGCCGAUCAGCAUAUCUUCAAGAUCCUCGACCACUGGGACGCAAUUUACGGAUAUUGUUUGUCUCGGGCCGCCGCGCAUGCGCUCGUCUAUUCAAAACACAAGAGGGACUAACAGGAAGUCGUCUUUACUCUUCGUAUUCAAGACCUCUGCGAGGAUCCUCCAGUUCUCUGGCCACACUCGAUCACGAUUCAGCCCUCCAGCAUUGCCAACCACCCUUCCAAUCGUCCCAAUGCAAACCAGAAUAAUAUCACUUAUUAUAGAACUUCACUUGUUGGUCCUCUCAAAGACCUGGGCCGCCGUGCAUGCGCUCGUCUAUGCAAAAGCAAAGAGAGACCAACAUGUCGUUGUCUUCUCCCUCCGUAUCAGAGACCUCUCCGAGGAUCCACCCGUUCUCUGGCCAUAUUCUAUCACCAUCAAACCGUCCAACGCGGCCCAUUGUCCUCGAAAUCGCCCCAAUGUAGAUCUCAAGGGCAUAGGCUACUUUCGCGUCUGCCUCGCUGGCGAAUUUUCAGGUAUCUCUGCAGAGUACCCGAUCCAUAUCAGUCGUACUUUAACGAAUCCGCUCUACCCAGACUGGAUCCUCAUCCUCCUCAACCUCUGCCUGGACGGAAGCAAGUCUCGCCCGAUCAUGGAAGCCAAGUUCGAGUCCCUCCUCACCACUUUGGAUUACAUGAAGCUUCCUUGUACGGUUCCGACUCAUCUCGGACCCGCUCUUCCCAUUGGCACCGAAGUCGUGGUCACAAACGACGAACAUUGGAUGGAAGAUCUCAUCGAAAGAGAUGUGUGGGGACAUCUUGGUGAGGAGAACAUGCGUGCGCUCAUCGACUUCUGUGGUGUUCCAAAGCAAGAACCGACCAAACAGCCGCUCCCACUUUCACAAGCCGGCGAGACCAGGGCUCGACUCGCUCUAGGAGACUGGUCCAAAAUUCAUCACGAUAUUCUUAGAUGGGCCGUCCUCCACGCCACUGCGUUUGCGGACGUGGAUAGCGAGACCCAUAUCCUCCAUAUAUGGCUUCAAGUUCAAGAUUGGAACGAGGAGAUGCCAACAAUGUGGCCGGUCGCGAUGAUGCUUCAACCCAUGUCAGAAGAGUUCAUGACCUCGAUCAAGCUUUUGCCCCGCUCUGAACGUGCUGGAUGGGUGAGAGUCAGCAUUAUCGGAGUUCCAACCAAGUCCUCUCUCACCUUUCCGUUCACCUCCACCAUGCAUAAUCUCAAGAUUCUGCAUCGCGCAUGGACUUACAUCCUCGUCCAAGUCUGCAUGGAGGGUGCAAAGUCGAAGAAUGCGGUCGACAUCCGCCAUACACUUAUUCAAAUGGCCCUCAUGGAGAUGAAGUUUAGGUCCAAGUCCCCCAUCGUCGAAAAGGUCUGGCCGGUACUCAAGGUCAAUGAGUUGUUCCUGUGUCACCACGGGGCCCGCUGGACCGAAGAGGCACUGGAGAAAGGACUUUGGGACAAGGCAAGCGCGAUACGUGUUCGGAUUCACCUCGAGAUUGCCUUUGGCUUGGACGACGAAGAUUGCCUCGAAGAUCCUACAGCGUGCAUCUGA